AUGGCUUUAAUUAGAAAGCUAAUUACUACAAUUUUAAUAGUUAUUUUCUUUGUAUCAAUAGUUUCUGCAGCUAGGAAUAGAUUGCAAAUAUUGAGUGAUCAAAAUGAAGAUGGUAUUUGUAUUUCUAUGGUGGAAACUCAAGGCUAUGGUUGUGAAGAACAUAAGGUGACAACUGAGGAUGGUUAUAUUCUCAGUUUACAGAGAAUUCCUAAGGGAAUAUCUGGAAAGGCAGCAACUAAGCCACCUGUUCUUCUGCAACAUGGACUAUUGAUGGAUGGAAUUACAUGGCUGUUAAAUCCUCCAGAUCAAUCUUUAGCUUUCAUUUUAGCUGAUGAAGGUUAUGAUGUUUGGAUUGCAAAUACAAGAGGAACUAAAUAUAGCCAAGGACAUACUUCACUUAGUCCUCAAGAUCCAGCAUAUUGGGAAUGGUCAUGGGAUGAAUUGGUGGAUUUCGAUUUACCUGCUACACUUAAGUAUGUUCAUGAUCAAACUGGCCAAAAGCUACACUAUGUUGGCCAUUCUCUGGGGACCCUAAUUGCAUUGGCUGCAAUUUCACAAAAUAAGUUGGUAGACAUGUUGAGAUCAGCAGCUUUGUUAAGUCCUAUUGCUUAUUUGGGGCAAGUGAGAUCUCCUCUUGCAAAAAGUGCAUCUAAAGAUUUUAUAGCUGAAGGUUUGUAUUGGUUGGGAAUCCAUGAAUUUGAUCCAAGAGGAGAUGCUGUUGUCAAACUUUUGCAAAAAAUCUGCCAAGAUCCAGGCAACAAUUGCAGUGACUUGAUGUCUUCUUUCACUGGUCCAAAUUGCUGUGUGAACUCUUCAAGAACUGAUAUUUUUCUUGAGCAUGAACCACAGGCAACAGCAACAAAAAACAUGGUCCAUAUUGCCCAAAGUAUUCAGGCCAACGCUGGUGCACAAACAUCUCCUUUUAAUGCUGCAACUGUUAAUUGGAGGGACAUGAACAUGUUUCAACUUUCUCUAAUGAAGAUGGACUUAAUAAGAGCACAACUGGGAAUGAUUGGACUGUGUGGGAACCGCAAGUGCGAGGCUGUAAGAGCGAAGGAAGAGCCGCAGGUGCGGCUAAGGGAUACCUGGGCUCAGACCACAUGUGCGAUGGAAAUCCCGCAUCUGCGGUGGUCGCAGAAUCAGUUUGGGAGGCGCAGAUGCGCAGAAGGAUCGCAUGUGUGGCUUGGGUCCCGCAUCUGCGAUGACCGCAGAUGCGGUCAAGUGAUCGCAAAAGCGGAGUCAUGA